AUGAGGACCAACUCAAGACAUCCCGGCAUUAUAGCCGUCUGCCUGGCAAUCCUCAACUUUAGCCGACCAGCCACCGCGGUCACCAACACCACGACAAACAGCUCCCUCAUCAUAUUCCCCAACUCCGACAGACCAGACCCAGACGCCUGGGGUUCGGUGCCCGUGCCCGGGUUCCGUCUCGACCGUCCCUACCCGGACACGCUGGAAACCAACAACGACAGCGCCUCGUCAGACUGGCAGCUCAACGUCGCUUUCCAGCGCGAACCCGGCCGUAAUCGUGAGGAUGCCAGCGUGCGCAUCUCACUCUGGGUCGACCCGCCCGCGCUGGGGCAGCCGGGCGCCGUGCUCGACGCAGAGACGGGCACCUGGAGCGUGCCCAGCAACGUGAGCGACACGUGGAACGUCCGCCUCAUCUCAAUCGCGUCCGGGGGCUAUCUGCAGCUCCGCGCCGUCGACGACCCAAACGACGACGUGGACGGGUCCUGCCCGGAGAGCGUCCUGAGCCCGGCAUGCAUCGCGCAGUUGCGUGCAGAUCUCGUGGCGCACCCGGCAGUGUUGGAUGGCGGCGACGCAUCGCUGAGAAACAUUUCGCUUCCUGGAGAGAGCUGCGAGGGCUACUACGGCUAUCGUGAUCAAAGCCUGUCCACCGGCGACCGGUUCAACUCGACGAGGGUCAUCGCACAGGACCUGGCGGGAAAGAAUGGCGAAGGCACAGACAAUUGGGACCGCUACGGCUCCGGGACGUUCCCGUUCAUAAUCAUCUGGGGUCACAGCAAUACGACUGAGCAGGGCCAGCGCCUGCCGGACGACCACGUCACGUUCGCGUGUGUCAAGGUCGACUCCGUGGCGCCGGGCGUGCAGAUGCCCCAGAUGGUCUCGGCCGGCCAUAGCAUGGCAAGAGGGGGCGGUGCAUUCACGAGGGCUGGGAUCAUGGCCGCGGCUAACGGCCACCAGGGCGGCCUCCAGGCUUUGGGCCGCACUGAACUCAGCAGUCAAGAGGCUAGCACCAGCAAAGGCCGGAGCCUAGAGGCAUGGGGAGCAUGCAAGGCGGUGAUCAACAAGGUGCUCGAUGGCUGUACGGUCGUCAUUGACGAGGGAUUGGACCUGACACUGUUCGACAUUGCGUCGGUCCUCGUCCGCCACGCCGGCAGAAGGGAUCUGGCCGUCUGCCUUGACCUGUUCUGCUCGAGCUUCGACGUCCACGAGAAGCUCUGGCACUGUCUCGGUGCGGCUCUGGACGGGGGUGAAGAGUUCUACGAGUUCAGUGUAGACGAAACGGCGGGCAGCGUCACAUGCCCAUACCACGAGGGGCAGCGUUGCAUCGUCAUCAGCAGCGGGUUCAAGUUGGCACAGUACGAGCCCUUGUCGAUCGUGUUCAGACAGCUGUAA